AUGCAGACACUGUGCGCAGGCAGCCACCACAUUCCGCACACGCACCUCGCACCCCCACCACCUCGCCGCUGGCCCUCAGCCCCGCCGCCGGCGCUCAUGCUGGCCGCCCGCGCCUUGGCCAAGGUCGCCGCCGGGCCGCUCGCCCCGCGGCUGUGGGGUCCCGGCCGCCGGCCCUGGCCGCGGAGCCUGGGAUCAUCCACCGUCGUGCGCGACUUGCGCGAAUUCCUGGACCUGCAGACGUUCAAAGAGGGCGAGGAGAGGGUCGUGGGGUCCGAGUGGAAGGCAUCCCAGCUGCGGCUCAAGUCGUGGGAGGAUCUGCACAAGCUGUGGUUCGUGCUGCUGAAGGAGAGGAACAUGCUGCGGUCGGAGCAGCUGGCGGCCCGGGCGGCGUCGCGGCCGAUGGCCUCGCCCAGGAGGAUCUCCAAGGUGAGGAGGUCGAUGAACAGGAUCAAGCAGGUGCUGAGCGAGAGGGCGCGCGCGGUGGGGGAGCCGGCGGAGCGGCGGCGAAUGCUGGACAUGAUCAACGCGGUCUGA